CGAGCCCGGCACCCGCAGCAACGGAAACAACGGCCCUGGGGGAGAGACAGAGAACCGGCCGGAGAAAUAUAAAAAAAACAGGCCGCGCGACGGGAGCCACCACGCCAUUACUUCGGCGCCCCGCCCUCCUCCAACCGCCACCUCCCUCCCCCCAUCUCGUCGCGCGAUCUCCGACCGCCCGCCGAGCCCCAGCGGGAGGAGCUUCGAGCCCGCGCCCCCGGCGUCCCAUGGUGGGUACGGCACAUCGGGGCCGCGAGAUCUAGGGUUUUCGCGCCGCGGCGGGAGCGAUGGGGCGCCGGAAGGCCACGGCGGGGCCGGCUCGGGGCUCCUCGAGGGCCGACCACGGCGUAAUCUCCGAAAUCCGGGAGAAACAUAAAUUGGAAUUGGAGAAUUUGACACUAACAAAGCACCCAUUCAGGACAUUGCACUUCUUCAAUUUAGCUAUGUUGCAAUACUUGAAAAGAUCAGCAGCAUAUAUCCUGAGUAAAAGAGCUUUGUUUGUUCUCCUAACUGUUAUGGUGGUAAUUCCUGGAGUUGCACUUCUGGUUACCGAUGGUCUGCACAAAAAGCAUGUGCAGGAGUUCCUUAAUUAUGCUAGAUUUGUGUUGUGGUGGGUUUCAUUAGGUGUGGCCUCUUCGAUCGGACUAGGUUCAGGUUUGCAUACAUUUGUGCUGUAUCUUGGGCCCCACAUUGCUCUCUUCACUAUUAAGGCUGUUCAAUGUGGCCGUGUUGAUUUGAAGACCGCUCCAUAUGAUACCAUACUGCUUAAACAGGCGCCAUCAUGGCUUGACAAGAAGUGUUCGGAAUUUGGAUCGCCCAUGUACCCUUCAUCAGAUCAUUCAGUGAUGAUCCCAGUCUUUGAUUUACUCCCUCAGGUUCAGUUGGAAGCUGUUCUUUGGGGUAUCGGGACGGCACUUGGCGAGCUCCCUCCUUAUUUUAUAUCACGAGCUGCUCGUUUGUCAGGAAGUGAGUUAGAAGCUGUCAAAGAGCUAGAUGUUGCUCCUUCUUCAGAAGAUGGUCCAAUAGCAUCCACUGUGAAUCGUACAAAACGCUGGCUCCUUUCUCACUCACAACAUCUCAACUUCUUCACUAUCUUGAUACUUGCUUCGGUUCCAAACCCGCUGUUUGACCUUGCUGGUAUUAUGUGUGGUCAAUUUGGUAUACCCUUCUGGGAGUUCUUCUUUGCAACUUUGAUCGGGAAGGCCAUCAUCAAGACUCAUAUUCAGACACUGUUUAUCAUCUCGUUAUGCAACAACCAGCUCUUGUAUUUUAUGGAAAAGGAGUUGAUCUGGAUAUUUGAGCACAUUCCUGGGUUUUCAGCGACCCUGCCAUCUGUAAUUGCCAAACUCCACAGUGCUAAGGAGAAGUAUUUAUCACCACCUGUGACAGUCUCACCUUCACAAAUGGAGGAUAAACAGUGGAAUUUCUCUUUUGCAUUGGUCUGGAACACUGUAGUGUGGCUUGUGCUUGUGAACUUCUUCAUUAAGAUCGUCACAUCAACAGCUCAGGAUUAUCGCAAAAGGCAGCAGGACAUAGAGAUGGAGCUCAUUACUGAUUCCUCACCCCAGAAUCAUUCUAAAACUAACUAACAGCAAACAUGGUUGUAUUUAUUCAGCUGCACAUUGCGAAUAUUCUCCUUAGUAGCCUUUGCGCCUGGCUAAGCCCUUGCGGAUGAUCCCAAUGCUGGUAGAAGUCCCAAUGCUGGUAGAAGUUGUGUUCUUCUGUACAGUGAACAGAAACAUGGGCCUCUCCAACCCGCCACAAGUGAUGGCUGCGACUUUUUGUCAUUGCGCCUCUACUGGCAGUUCCUGGAGGAGAAUCAGUCCUGUUAUUUUUCAGGCGCCAACUUGGAUGAACUUUAGGGAUUGUUUGUUUGUUUAGCACGAUUUCAUUACUAAGAUGUAAUUUACCAGUACCUUUUUUUACCUUCUUAUGUUGGAAAUACGGUAGCUGAUAGGGCACCCGAGAGUACUGAAAGGUGAUAUGUUUUAUUGUUACAUUCACAAUGCAAAUGCAUAUUCUCAAUUGGAGCCAGCUA